AUGGGGGGAGGGGGACUACCCGACGCUGAAUGGCAGCAGCUGAACAGCAGCUGCCCAGAAGGGGAGCUGCGCCUCGAGGGCCUGUACCAGGUCCGCGAACCAAUCAACAUCUCACAGGGCUGCAAGCUCAUCGCCCUUGGUGCAGUGGAAAUCUGGCUUUGGCAGCCCAUCUCUUUCCAGCGGCUCGACCUGCAUGGCACGGUGAGCUUCAUUGCACAAGACUACCUGACUGGGCCAUGCCUCACCAUCCAUGGGAACGCCUCCAUCCACCCAGGCUCGGUAGUCACGUUCGAAGGCUGCGUAAACCUUCACUCUUCCAGGUAUAGCCGGGAGGACCAGUCCAAAAGCUCAUUCGACUUAUGCGACUGGGCCCUCGGCGGCUCCCUCCACACCGAUGGUGACCUGAUCAUUCAGGGUGCGCGUCUGGACAUCAAGAGCUCCUACACGAACAGUUGCGGCGGGGCCGUCUAUGUCCGAGGCUGCUUCAGCCUCGUUUGCAGCAGCAUGCUCAUCGUCGAUGUUUCGACUGGCUUUUCGGGAGGUGGGCUCUAUGUUGGCGACAACCUCACUCUGCUCAAUGCCACGCUCAAGGUCACAGAUGCGCGUGCUGAUUUCAGGGGAGGUGCCCUGCAUUGCAGCCAAGACAUCAGUGUCGUCAAUUCCACACUUGCGGUUGACGACGCCAGUGCCUUGUUUGGAGGCGCGCUGUCCGCAUAUGGUAGCCUGCAGCUUGACCACGCCAGCGUGACACUCAGCCAUGCAACAGCGGCCAGGAGUGGAGGCGGUGCACACUGCACAUCCAUCACGGUAUCCGAGAGCGACUUGACCGUGCGCCACGCUCAAGCCGCUUCCGCAGGAGGCGCCUUCUUUGCCCGGAAGUUUAUGGAAUUCCGCAGCGGCCGCAUCUACAUCGACUCUGUCUUCGCCGACUUCGGAGGUGGCAUCUACACGGUGAUCUACGUCCAGCACCCAGCGAAGCUGCACAUGCGGAACGUCAGCGCCAGCGCCGUCGGGCGAGGGGCCGGGAUCUAUGCAGGACAGAUCGAGGCAGCCGAAGCAGAGAUGACGCUUCAGGGGACCGCCAGGGGUUCGGCCCUUUUCGCAGAAAGGCUGUGCCACUUGGGGAAGGUCAACUGUUCCGCCGCCCCAGGGUGCAGGCUGCGUGCUAUGGAGCGAGUCCCAGAGGUGAGACAGCUCUUUUGCAGUCGCGGCGAGGGCUUUGUGAGGCGGACGACCACCCUGAGCUGCCAACCCUGCCAUGAACAGACGACCCGGCUGACGAAGGACGCCACACUCCCAUGCACGAGCUGCCCAGAGAUCCCGAUGCCAAUCAGCUGCGAGUCGGCAAAGGUCACCUUGCCGGCAGGUGCGAUGGUGAAUCUCAAGCCGAUUCCGCGCUGGGAGGAUUCGGGCGAAUCAUACAACCUUACCGACCUCACCGAGUGGUAUUUCUGCCCCAAUCGGCAGGCCUGUCCAAUUGGAUUCGUCGAAGCAGGUCACUGGCCCGGGGAUGAUGCCAAAUUUGAGGACGUGCCGUGUCGAGAGGGCUUUUGCGGGCCUGGGUGUGUCCACUGUGCCUGGCAAUUCGCCCGGUCGGACAGCGACGUGCUGCACUGCAUCAAGUGCGCAGACAAGGUGAUGGUGUACAUCCUCAUGCACCUGGCCUGGGAUGUGGGCUUCUUCACUUAUGCAGCCGUCAGUGUCGCCGCAGGCAAGCGUGACCGACCGCUGAGUCGCACACUGCUGAACCAGCUCAUGGCCUUCGCUGGCGUUGCCAGCAGCGUCCUGUCGGCGGUGGCGAAGACGGAUCCCGUGGCGACGCUUGCUAACACGAGUCGCUUGCUGCGGUCCUUUGUGGCGCAGGACGCGGUGUCGCUGUCCGCCGAGUGCCUGCUUCGUCACUUCGGCUUCCCCCAGGAGUUAUACAUGGCCCACCUGAUGUCCUCGGUGCUUCCCGCAGUGCUUGUUGUUUUCCUGGCGGCCGUCAAGGGUCCCUGGCUAGCCGUGGUGGUCGGCACGAACGUCUUUCUGCCCAGCUUCACCGCAGCCUUCGGGAAGUAUUUGGUAUCUUACCGACUCCGACCAAAUGAGGAUACUCUGCUGGAAUUCCUACCUCCGCUGGGUCUUCAGCAAAACGUCACGGUGGUGGUGAUCGUGUCAUCCAUCAUCUUUUGCUUCGUGAUCGGCCCUGGAAGCUGGAUCUACGCGGUGAAGCGAAGAAGAGAUCACUGGGAGGACCCACCUCAUGUUCGUUACUUGCUCAGCGAGUAUAGGAAUGGAUGCUCCGCUUGGGAGGUCGAGCGCUUGGUGCGGAAGAUGCUGCUGUCCCUGAUCACUGCCAUGGUGCCCGUGUCGUACAGCCCGGAUGCUUUGAUUUUCUUGUGUCUCCUCGUUGCCAUGACAGAUUUCGGGCUUGACCCUGGUGGCUCUGGAAAUACGAUGUGGUUGGAGCUAGUGGUGUGA